AUGGAGCGCACUGUGGUGCUCAUCACUGGCUGCUCCUCGGGCAUCGGCUGGCACCUGGCCCUGCGUCUGGCGUCAGACCCAUCCAGGAGCUUCAAAGUGUACGCCACGCUGAGGGACCUGAAGGCGCAGGGCCCGCUGUGGGAGGCGGCCCGGGCCCGGGGCUGCCAUCCCGACUGCCUGGAGACGUUGCAGCUCGACGUGAGGGACUCAGAUUCUGUGGCCGUUGCCCGGUCACGCGUGACCGAGGGCCGCGUGGACGUGCUGGUGUGUAACGCAGGCCGGGGCCUGCUGGGGCCUCUGGAGGCGCACGCCGCGGGUGCGGUGAGCUCCGUGCUGGACGUGAACGUGGCCGGGACGGUGCGGACACUGCAGGCCUUCCUGCCAGACAUGAAGCGGCGCCGCUCCGGACGCGUGUUGGUGACAGGGAGCAUGGGAGGCUUGAUGGGGCUGCCCUUCAACGCCGUUUACUGUGCCAGCAAGUUCGCGCUCGAAGGCUUAUGCGAGAGUCUGGCAGUUCUGCUGCCGCCCUUCGGGAUCCACGUGAGCCUCAUCGAGUGCGGCCCGGUGCGCACCGCCUUCCAGGACAAGCUGGAGGGCGGCCCGGGAGGGGCGCUGGACGGCACGGACGCCCAGACCCGCCACCUCUUCUCCCUCUACCAGCGCCACUGCGAGCAGGUCUUCCGCGAGGCGGCGCAGGACCCGGAGGAGGUGACAGAGGUCUUCCUCACCGCGCUGCGCGCCCCGCGGCCGGCCCUGCGCUACUUCAGCACCGAGCGCUUCCUGCCCCUGGCGCGGCUGCGCCUGGACGACUCCAGCGGCUGCAGCUACGUGGCCGCCAUGCAGCGCGCGGUGUUCGCCGACGAGCCCGCCGAGGCCGGGGCGGGAGGCCCGGGGGGCCCUGAGCCCGGCGCUCCUCCCGCCGCCCCGCAAUAA